GUUUGCGGAUUGUUUGUGGGCACAUUUGCUGCAGCAGUCAUGUUCACCCUGGGUGUGAUUUCAUUGGUCGUUGGCGGGGUUUGCAGCUUGGCUGGUCACAUUUCAGCUGAAGAAGUUGCCAGACACUUGCCAGAAGACAGGAUCUUUGACCCUACUGAAGAUUCCANUGCUGCAGCAGUCAUGUUCACCCUGGGUGUGAUUUCAUUGGUCGUUGGCGGGGUUUGCAGCUUGGCUGGUCACAUUUCAGCUGAAGAAGUUGCCAGACACUUGCCAGAAGACAGGAUCUUUGACCCUACUGAAGAUUCCAAAGCAGGUCUCAGACAUUUGAGUUUGGUGCCAAAGCUGGAGUGGACAGGCUUGGCAUUGCUCAUCACUGGGAGUACUUUUUUGUUAUUCGCAAACGCCAUCUUCGUAUGGAUAUGCUUGUCGGAAACUGGCAAACAAAGAUCUCAGCUUGCGGAUGAACAUGGCCACACUAAUAUUGCGGAUGAACAAGGAUUUUCAAAUUACCACGAGGAACUCGAGAAUAAGCAGCAGGAAGUUGGCUUUGGCCAGCAAGAUCAAAAUAAUAAUGCUUAUGAUCACACUGGGUCUGAUGAUUUUGAUGAUUAUGAUGACGACACGGUUUCCAGCACGGCUAAGGGCAAAGUCAGGUUCACUGGGGUGUCCGAGAAGCCAAAAUCUUCCCUAAGGUUCAUCCACGAAUAUAGCAGCACUUCGAACGAAAACAAACAACCCAGUUCGAAAGAGAACUCGGAACUCUUGUCGACGGGUUCGGAUGAGGACCCGGGCCGACGGAAGUUUACGAAGAGUCUGAAUCAAGCGGAACCGGAAACGGGUGUUGCUGCUGCUGAUUCCACGUCGACACCGGAUCUGACUAGUGGAACCGACGAAGUCCGCGUCUCAAAUUCCUCCAACCGCUGCCAUUAACACACGAAAAAUGCCUUUGAAAAAUGAAGAAAUCAAAUAAUACAGUGUGGAAAAAAAAACCAAAGAAAAUAUGGCGUUCAGCCAAUCACAUCAAUGUUCAUUCACUUCCCGUCAUAUAUGUAUAUAAGCUCAUACGUAACAAAAUUAGCAAACAAGAAUAAGACCUCGUGUCAAUCUUGGAAUACUAUUUUAAUCCAAGUGCGCGAUUGUUUCAAAUAAGUCUCCCUUUUGUGAUGAAGACUAUAAAGCAAAAUAUCUGACUUAGACUUCUUGCUGAUCACUAGCUUUCCUCCACUUUUCCCGAACAAAUUCACAGUUUUCAGAUUUUUUCAAGUGCUCUUCCCAAGGACUAUCUUCCGGUUCCCAAGCCCAAAUUUCAACUUCACAGCUGAAGCAAUAGACUCGGUCGAAUUCUCC